AUGAUUUCCCAGGUACUGCCGUCAUGGCUCACGGCCGCUCUGGCACUCUUCUCCUUUUUCUCGCUACUUCUCCCCGCCAACGCCCUCUACUUCUAUGUUGACGGCCGCCAAACAAAGUGCUUCUUCGAGGACCUCCCCAAGGACACUCUGGUUGCGGGCAAAUUCGACACCCAAGUGAUCAACCCCAACACCGGCGUCUUCGCAGUCGAUCACAACCUGAAGGUCCAGAUCACCGUCGAGGAGACCUUCGACAAUGACCACCGUGUCGUGAACAAGCGCGAGAAUCACUCCGGCCGCUUCACCUUCUCCGCCGCCGACGCCGGCCAACACCGCAUCUGCUUCAUGGCCGACACCGAGGUCGCGACUACUGGGUGGCUGUCGAACAGCCAGGGUGCUGUCCGUGUUGGUCUGGACAUGGCCAUUGGCGAGACGAGCAAGAUCGAAACCGAGGACAAGGAUAAGAUGAAGGAUAUCGUGCAACGGGUUAAGGAUCUGAACAGCCGCUUGCAUGACAUUCGUCGCGAGCAGGUGUACCAACGGGAACGCGAGGCCGAGUUCCGUGAUCAGUCCGAGACUACCAACUCCCGUGUCGUGCGUUGGACUCUCAUCCAGCUAGCCGUCCUCUCUGCCGCUUGCGCCUGGCAGCUCUCCCACCUGCGGUCCUUCUUCAUCAAGCAGAAGCUGACUUAA